CAGCAGUCCAUGCCUCCGCGCUCAUACAGUGUUAAUGGAGGAGCAGAAACAAGAGCUGAACUGUUGAAGAAUUUGAUAACGUCCUGUUUCAGUUCUUCUCCUGCCCCUAGGGUCCACUUCUCUACACUGCCCCAUAAACCUGCAUAUGCUUCUGUAACAUUCGAGUUAGGGGAAUGUUAAGCUGCUGAAACAAAUGAAAUAAAGAAUAUGGCUUCCAGAAGAAGCUGUACUGAGCAAAUGUCAUCUGGUACCCUCCACAUGAACACAUCUCACAGACAAACAUGGAAACACAGUAAGAAGAGAACUCACAACUGCUUAGAAUGUGGAAAGAGUUUUGAUCGACAGAGUCAUCUCAAAGUACACCAGCGCAUUCACACAGGAGAGAAGCCGCAUCACUGCUCAGAGUGUGGGAACAGUUUUACUCUAAAGAGUACUCUCCUAAAACACCAGCGCAUUCACACAGGAGAGAAGCCAUAUUGCUGCUCAGAAUGUGGGAAGAGGUUUAAUCGACAGAGUACUCUCCAAACCCACCAGCGCAUUCACACAGGAGUUAAACCGUAUCACUGCUCAGAGUGUGGGAAGAAUUUUAGUCUACAGAGUACUCUCCGAAAACACCAGCGCUUUCACACAGGAGAGAAACCAUAUUGCUGCUCAGAGUGUGGGAAGAGUUUUACUCAACUGAGUUCUCUCCAACAACAUUGGCGCAUUCACACAGGAGAGAAACCGUAUCACUGCUCAGAGUGUGGGAAGAGUUUUAUUGGACAGAGUCAUCUCCAGGAACACCAGCGCAUUCACACAGGAGAGAAGCCAUAUUACUGCUCAGAAUGUGGGAGGAGUUUUACUAUACAGAGUAAUCUUCAACAACACCAGCUCAUUCACACAGGAGAAAAGCCGUAUCACUGCUCAGAGUGUGGGAAAAGUUUUACUCAACAAGGUUCUUUCCAAAGACAUCGGCGCAUUCACACAGGAGAAAAGCCUUAUCACUGCUCAGCUUGUGGGAAGAGUUUUACCCAACAGAGUUCUUACCAAAGACACCAGCGCAUUCACACAGGAGAGAAGCCAUAUCACUGCUCAGAGUGUGGGACGAGUUUCAGGCAGUCAAAUUCUGUGAAGACACACAAAUGCACUGAGAGCAAUGGUGGAAGUGGGCAAACUCCCUACUGCUUAGAGUGUGGAAAGAGUUUUACUCGACAGAGUACUGUCAAAAUACACCAGCGUAUUCACUCCGGAGAGAAGCCGUAUCACUGCUCAGAAUGUGGGAAGAGUUUUAAUCGUCAAAGUCAUCUCCAACAGCACCAGCGCGUUCACACAGGAGAGAAGCCGUAUCGCUGCUCAGAGUGUGGGAAGAGUUUUAAUCGUCAGAGUCAUCUCCAGCAACACCAGCGCAUUCACACAGGAGAGAAGCCGUAUCAGUGCUCAGAGUGUGGAAAGAGUUUUAAUCAUCAGAGUACUCUCCAACAGCACCAGCGCAUUCACACUGGAGAAAAGCCGUAUCACUGCUCAGAGUGUGGGAAGAGUUUUAAUCGUCAGAGCCAUCUCCAAGAACACCAGCGCAUUCACACAGGAGAGAAACCAUAUCACUGCUCAGAGUGUGGGAGGGGUUUUAAUCAACAGAGUAAUCUCCAACAACACCAGCGCAUUCACACAGGAGAGAAGCCUUAUUACUGCUCAGAGUGUGGGAAGAGUUUUAAUCAACUGAUUCAUCUCCAGCAACACCAGCGCAUUCACACAGGAGAGAAGCCUUAUUAUUGCUCAGAGUGUGGGAGAAGUUUCAGGCAUUCGAAGACUGUGAUGACACACAAGUGCACUAAGAGCAAUGGUGGAAAUGGAAAGUAGUGAGUGCAACCUUAACACAUGGUGCUUUCAUCCCAGAUUUCAAACAGUUUUUAAGGUCACUUGUUGUACACUGUUUCUAAAAUGAAAUAUCAUUUUCUGUGCUGAACACCCAGUCAAGCCUGUGGCUCAUACACCCAGUGAGAAAGUGUAGUACUUCAGCUUCUCCUCCCAAAUUUAGUUUCAUUUGUAUUAUAUGUUGAAAACUAUUAUGAAGGUCCACAAUCAAUAAAAAAGGUUCUUUACUUUCUAAUUUCAGUAUAUCCAAGAAAGUACAGUGUUUUGGUUGCAAUGAUGGAUGUUUUGAGUUUAGUUCCUUGAGUCCCUCUUUUGCACUUUUGUUUCCUACACAUGAAGUAGUUCUUGGUUGUUGCAAUGAAAGUACCACUUUGUCUGUCUUCCGUUUUAACCUUUAGGAUGUUUUCUGUAUGCUGUUUGUUUGAAAUGUUCUUGUUGAGGACAGUAAUAAAGGAAAUGUGAUCCUGAACACUGCAAUAGUGAAACUUUGCUGUGCUGGGCAGCAUUGAACAGCUUUGUAAAGCAGACACAGGAGCAUAAAGGACUGCAAGACAUCACACCAUUGUGACAUACUGGUGACCUCUCCUCAGUAUGGCCUACACAUGCCUAUUCUACAUGGCAUAAAGUUGGAUACAGGCCAGACUACGACUCAUCCAUGAAUUUCCCCUUACUGUUUUCAUAGACUUUAAGUACUGUUGAUGUAUCCUGUGAUACUUGGAGAGUGGUUUUGUUAAGAAGGAGGCUGUGACAUGAGAUAAGGACUUGUUAAUGCCCAUCUUUCCAGACAUGGGGACGGACAAUGGUACAGGAGUUUGAACGGGGUUUUUCCAUCAUCAUAUAACUGGGUGAAUGGUGCCCAUUUGGAGUUGUUCAAGCCCUUGGGCCUCACUGACACCGACCCUUACUGAUGUCAUUACGAUGCGCAUGAGGGACAGUAUCCUUUUUGACUGAAUCUCACUAUUGACACUGUGUUCAGUU